AGAGCAGUUCGCUGCCCAGGAGAAAAUCCAGGCUCCAGCUGGACAGAUGAAGUAUUAAGCAGGAUUUGAUUGACGAAACUAUACAGCAAGAUUGUUGGUGGAGUGAUCAACCUCUUAUGAUGAAUAGUAGAAUGGGACUGCUCUUCCUCCUGAUGUUUUUCAUAUCCAAUGAUAUCCAGUCGAUCUACCUGUUAGUAUCUCGACCCAGAGUAUCUGGUUGUGAACCAGGGAAUGGAUCUACUGUUAAACUGCACAUUUGACUACCAAGAACAUAUUCAAAUGCACAACGUCAAGCUGGAAUGGUUCUACAUCCCUAAAGGUGGUACUGAAGAGAAUUCGAUUUUCUUUUACUACCAAAACCUCAGUACAGUGGCACAAGACAGCAAGUUCACCCAAAGGUUGAAGUGGGUAGGUGAUAUCAGGAAGAAAAAUGGCUCCAUUCUCAUAAGCGACAUGAACUGUACUGACAACGGCAAUUUCAUCUGUGAUUUGCGGAUCCCUAGAGUGUCGAGCCAAGUCUAUAAAAGCAAAACCCAUUUAAUAGUUUUGUGUGAAGACAGUAUGCGCUCACGAGCCAUGAACAGUCAUGUCUCCAAGGAAGUGAUACCAAAAAAUAUUAUAUAUACAUCAGCUGGGAUUUCCACCAUCUUCAUUGCACUCUCUGUAAUCCUCAUAAUCAUAUGGAAACAUCCAUCAUGCACACCACCAAGGAAUCAAAGUAUCUGUGAUCCACCUGGAAGGAAUGAGACAGGUGCCCUUGAAAACAUUAAGGAAACAGAUGGUUACUUCACUGUGACUAGGCAACCGGCACUUCUGAGCAACAAAGAAAGUACACCCACGGAGGAAAAGCAAAAUGAGGAAACAAAAAAAGAUGAAGAUGAAAUCUAUGUAACAAUGCAUGCAUUCUUAGGAACUGGGAAAUCAGACAAACCAGCUUCUUAAUCCAGACGUACAACAAUGAUACAACAAGAAUAUUCCGAUCAAGUCUAAGUGCUCUACUCUUAUGUUUUCCUGUUGAUUGUUGGGACUUUGAGGCACUAUUCACUCAUGAUUUUAGUAACACAAGAAACCUACCAACAAUUCUUCAAGAACACAUGUAGGAAUAGCUUGACACAGUGAGUGAGAGAUUCUUUCUCUCAAGUCUAGUUCCUCAAACUUCCAGAUUUAUUUCGAGUCACAUUGAAUCAAACUGUUUCUGUUUUACUGCCUGAAGAAGAAAAAAAGCACUCCUGGGUCCAACUUUUACAAAUUUCAACUGUGGUGCUUGUGAAG